UCUGUUUCUCUCUCAUAUGUACUUGCUUUGUUUUCUCUCUCUAUCGCCAUAAGGUGGCGUGGAGCCCAGGCCUGGACCUCUGCUUUGUUGGCUUCAAGCCCUCCAUUGUUGGUCUUUUAUGGGACUUGUCUGCUAAGACGAGAGAUAAAGAUAGAGAAGGAGAAUCAUAGUUCAUAGAGAGAGAGAGAGAGAGAAGUGUUACAAGUUGGAUUGGGCCAUUCUUUUAACAAAGACUCUCUUUUUCUGAAAGCAGACCUCCAUUUUCACUUCCCUUUUGUGUUUUUCUUCAACAAUCUCAUCAUCUACAAAACCACUGGCGGAAAUCAGCCAAAACCCAUUUGUAUAUUCUCUCGUUCUUUGAUUUUGAUGGAUCCACAGAUCUAAUGCUUAAAUACCCACAUGAAGUUCUCCUUCUGACUUUAAAAGUUAGUGCCUUUCAUGAACAGGUCAAAUUGCAAGUGCAAAACUGCUUUUGCUGAGAAGUAGAGAUGGAUGGAUUCAGAAUUGGGGUUUUGGGUAAAGAGUUUUUUUGGAGUCCUUGCUGUAUAGCCAUAGUGUUUUGCAUACUCACUGUGUUGUAGAGAAGAAUACAAUUUACUGCUGGAGUUUGUGGGUCAGAGGUUUGUUUGGGUGCUAAUUAAAUGUGGAUAAUUUGGAGGUUUCUUUGGAUGAGAUGAGGGAUGUUAUCUGGGUUGAUGAACUUCCUGAGGGCCUGCUUUCGGCCAAAGUCUGAUCGAUAUGUGCAUACCAAUUCGGAUAGCAGUGGUCGCCAAGAUGGGCUGUUGUGGUACAAGGACCAUGGGCAGCAUUUUUAUGGUGAAUUUUCAAUGGCAGUAGUGCAGGCCAAUAAUUUACUUGAAGAUCAGAGCCAGAUUGAGUCAGGCAAUUUGAGCUUACAUGAGUCUGGCCCAUAUGGUACCUUUGUUGGGGUUUAUGAUGGACAUGGGGGACCUGAGACAUCGCGCUAUAUCAAUGAUAAUCUCUUUCAGCAUCUCAAGAGGUUUAGUGCAGAGCAACAGUCAAUGUCAGUGGAUGUGAUUAAGAAGGCAUAUCAAGCAACAGAAGAGGGUUUUCUCUCUCUUGUUACAAAACAAUGGCCUAUGAAACCACAAAUUGCAGCUGUUGGAUCAUGUUGCCUGGUUGGUGUUAUCAGUGGUGGAAUCCUUUACAUUGCCAACCUUGGUGAUUCCCGUGCUGUAUUGGGUAGAGCUGUGAAGGCAACAGGGGAAGUUUUAUCUGUUCAGCUCUCAUCUGAGCACAAUGCUAGUAUAGAGUCGGUGAGACAGGAGUUGCAAUCCUUGCACCCUGAUGAUUCACAGAUUGUAGUUUUAAAACAUAACGUAUGGCGUGUAAAAGGCCUCAUACAGGUCUCUAGAUCUAUUGGUGAUGUGUAUUUGAAAAAGGCUGAGUUCAACAGGCAGCCUUUAUAUGCCAAGUUCAGACUUCGUGAACCUUUCAAAAAGCCGAUUUUAAGUUCAGAACCAUCAAUCUCGGUGCACCAACUGCAGCCACACGAUCAGUUUAUUAUAUUUGCAUCUGAUGGCCUUUGGGAGCAUCUUAGCAAUCAAGAAGCAGUUGAUAUAGUACAAAAUCAUCCACGCAGUGGAAGUGCUAGGAGACUGGUGAAAGCUGCUCUGCAAGAAGCAGCAAAGAAGAGAGAAAUGAGGUAUUCAGACUUGAAGAAGAUUGAUCGUGGUGUUAGAAGGCAUUUCCAUGAUGAUAUUACCGUGAUUGUUGUGUUUCUUGAUUCGAUUCUCGUAAGCAGGGCUAGUUCAGUCAAGGACUCAAAUAUAUCCGUGAGAGGGGGUGGAAUCAGUCUGCCCCCAAACACACUGGCAUCUUGUACUACGCCAACUGAAGCUGGCAGUACCUGAUGAAGCUGUAUCUCCUAUUUUUAUCUCCUGUAUUAUUCUCAUGUGAAUACCAGGUAGCUUCCAGAAGUGAGAGCGGAGCCACCCUACAAUUCUUUAAUGUACACUGUAACUUUUAACUGGAAACUGAUACUUGCAUUUAGCUUCUGUGCCAAAAAACUAGAACCAGAGAAGUACAAGGUGACAAUUAUUAAAGUUAUUUCUAGAGAA